AUCUCAGUCUUCGCGUCGCUGCCCUCCAGCAUUCACGCCUCCCGCGUCCGUUCCGCGGCGCAGGCACAACGCGGUUCCGUAUACACGCGCGUAACGCACGCACACGGUGCCGUGGACCACCCGUAUACACGCGCGGCCGCGCCGCGUACACCACCGCCCUGAAUCCGGACGGGGACUUUAGCACACCGACACCUCUGCGGGAGGUGUGGGGGUGAGCCCCCAGAGUAGGUGUCAAUCCUAGCGCUGCUCAGUGACCAUCGCGGCGCCACCCAAGUAACACCUUUCGUCCGGCUCUUCGGCCUCGACCGAUCCUCGCCGUCAAACCGUCGUUAUCGAGGGACCGAGAUAAGGCCCGUAUCUCUUUUCCUCCUCGUCCGAAUCAUCGUCGAUUGUCGUCGACUCGCGCGCGUGUCAACCGGCAUGUGAAACACUUUUGAACUGUCCUUCCGUGAAUCUCGCGUGUCGUCAACGCCCGUCGGACGGUUGGACGGGUGCCUGAAACUUGUAACAGUGUUUGACAGAAGCAGAGAGAAAGAGAGAGAGAGAGAGAGAGAGAGAGAGAGACGCAGGGAGUGACGCGAGAAGAAAACUUCGCAAACGAAUCAAGGUGACAAAGUCAGUGGUCAGUGAACAUAGGAUCUGCUUGCCCUUGGAGUGUCGCGUGGCUAGUGUCUCGACAUGAGAGUGACUCUUAUACUGAAAAUCUACCACGCGGCGUCACCGCAGACGUCCGCCCGCGAGUGACAGCACGUCUCGACGAGUGCCAGUGUACAAUCUUUUUGGUCCUCCUUCGAACGACUCGCUUGUUUCACGACUCCUCGCGAGUGAUAUCUCGAAAGUACUUUGCAUCAUGGUGGAGGCUCGCUGAAGCGUCGGACACGGCAGGAUCCAGUCGUAAGAUGUCGACUAGACGGUCUUUGGCAAUAGCCAGCGAGAAGACGAUCGUCGGCAGCGAUUUCCCGCAGCUGGAAAUUCGCACGGAAGAGGAACGCGGGCGUUUCGAUUAUUGCGAUUCACGAUUUUGAGUUUGGCGAGUGCCAACGUCUAUCGAAAACGUGUGUGUGUGUGUGUGUGUGUGCGCGCGCGCGCGCGAAUAUGAGGAGAAACGAGCGCGAUCGUUGAACGCAUCAGACAGUCGGCAGAGCAGUCUCCGUCCGUCGGGUUCGUGAGCGGCUCGCGCGAGCGACAGACGACAUACGACAGACGACAGACGACAGACGCUUAUUCGAAAAACGAGAGCGAGACGGAGGAGAAAGAAAGAAAUAGAAAGAAAGAGAGAGAGAGAAUCAUAGCGCGAGCAGCAUCCGAAGCAGGUUUGAGUCACUCGAAGAGGAAUCUCGCGCGACUCGGCACACUCGCCCGUCUCGAUGAGAUUCGAACAAGACACGGCGUGCAGGGGUACCCACUGCGCCAGCACUCCGCAACCCUCCGCGCUGCAGCAGCGAUCACGGCCCGAGGAGGAGGUGGUGGUGGAGGAGGAGGAGGAGGACGACGACGACGACGACGAGGACGAUUCCUCCAAAAAGGACGUCGACGGCCAACGGCGAAGACUCGGUGGUAUAGAAUUGGAGACUAACGUGGUCGAGGGUGCGAACACGGGGCCGCGGGCCGAGGCGGGAGGGCCUGGGAUGGCGUAUCCCGCGUCAGCGACGGCUCUCAAUCAGCACUCGCCCUUCGCAAGCGCGAUCGCCGGGGGCACGCCGCCCGCGAGCAACCCCAACGGCCACAUCGGUGCCGGGACCGGACACCUGCCGGCACCGGCGGCACCGAGGCCGACGGACUUUAGCGUCUCCUCGCUGCUGACCGCCGCGAGCACUCAUCCGCCCGGUAUCCUGGGCGGUUCGUCGUCGCAGAGUAGCGCGUCACCGCCACCCGGCGGACCCGGUAGUCCGGCCGCGGCACCGGAAACGCCGCCGCCCUUGCCGGUGAGCGGCCAACGCGACUUGUCGCACUCGUCUUCGGCGGUGGCGGCCGCCAGCUACUUCAGCGCUGCCGCCCUGGCGGCAGCGGGUUUCUACAAUCCGGCGGCGCAUCUACCGCCCACAAGCUCGCCGGGGCCAACGGCGGCCGCGGCCGCGGCUGCUGCGGCGCAUCAUCUCCAGGGCAAGGGCAUACUCACCGGCGCCCAUCAUCAUCACCAUCUCAAUCCGCACGGUAUCACGCCGCCAGGUCUAGGUCUGGGUCCGCACACGCCGGAAGAGGCCGCUGUCCUGGCGGCAGCCGCGGCAGCGUUACAUCAUCAUCACCAAGGUCCCGGCGGCCCCGCGAUGAGGCCCCUGAGGCCACCGCUACCGCCGGGGAUGCUCCACACGUCGCCGCAUCCCCUGGCCGCGCAUCACCCCCUUACGGCGCCGCAUCAUCCCCUCGUACCGCCCCAUCAUCCAGAGGAGGAUGGUGUCGUUGACGAUCCCAAAGUUACGCUUGAGGGCAAGGAGCUCUGGGAGAAAUUCCACAAGCUCGGAACGGAAAUGGUCAUUACGAAGAGCGGCCGGCAGAUGUUUCCUCAGAUGAAGUUCCGAGUUUCCGGCCUGGAUGCUAAGGCCAAAUACAUCCUUCUGCUGGACAUUGUCGCUGCCGAUGACUACAGAUAUAAAUUCCACAACAGUAGGUGGAUGGUAGCGGGUAAGGCGGAUCCGGAAAUGCCGAAGAGGAUGUACAUACAUCCGGACUCGCCCAGCAGCGGCGAACAGUGGAUGCAGAAGGUCGUGAGCUUCCACAAACUCAAGCUCACCAACAACAUCAGCGACAAGCACGGCUUUGUAAGUACUACGAUACUGAACUCGAUGCACAAGUAUCAGCCGAGGUUUCACCUCGUGCGAGCAAACGACAUCCUGAAACUUCCGUAUUCGACGUUCAGAAGUUACGUUUUCAAGGAGACGGAAUUCAUCGCCGUAACGGCUUAUCAAAAUGAAAAGAUCACCCAGCUGAAGAUCGAUAAUAACCCUUUUGCGAAAGGAUUUCGGGACACUGGCGCGGGGAAGCGCGAGAAAAAAAGGCAGGCGCUACUGACAGUAUCGGGCGGCGGUUCCCGUUUGACAGCUGGCGGACCAACGUCGCCGGACAAGAGACGCUCAUCGAACUCCGCCACCGAUCUCAUGGAUGACGAGGACAAGCUGCUAGAUGUGGUCGGCCCCGACACGCCACAUCCGGCCCAUCAUCAUCGGGAACGGGAGCACUCCCGCGAAAGGGACGAUCGGACGAGCGAGCGGGGCGAGGGCAGCGAGUCGUCCGGGUCUGAGAGCGGCGGCGGGCCAGGCCCGACCGGAUCCGAGGGCCCACGGCCGGACGUUUCCGUCGGUCCGCCACUUCACCCGCCGCUGCUGCCGUAUCUGUAUCCGCCGGUUCCCGGACUUUAUCCUGGUCCCGGUCCCCUGAUACCACCCACGCCCCUGGGUCUGCACGGCGGUGUCACACCCGGCAUGCUGUUCAACGCUCAACUGGCCCUGGCGGCCUCCCAACAUCCAGCGCUCUUCGCGCACUAUCCGCAUCCUCUGGCGAGUCCUUUGCACCAGCUGAAGGGUCACAGAUUCGCGCCCUAUACCCUCCCGGCUCCUUCUCACGGCUCCGCCUUUGAGACCGUGACACCCGGCAGCAGGACCUUGAGCCCGAGAUCGCCGCCGCCGAGGCCGCCAACCGAUUCGCCGACGCCCACCGGUGGCAGCGCUCUGACCUCGACGACGCCCAGCUCCGCCGGCGAGCUCAAGUCCAUCGAGAACAUGGUGAACGGGCUGCAAGAAAAGAGACGGAGAAGUCCCAGUUUGACGCCCGGGCAUCGGGGCGACGACGCCGGCGGAGGGAGUCCGUGACAGGAGAACGAACCUGUGAGCAGUACGAAGGACGACGAUCCCGACGAGGACUGCGCCGACGAGUCUGGCGGCGACCAAGAAGACCUCUCCGCCGACGAGAGGGAGCCGGACUCCACGUCGGAGCCGUCGUAGCGGUAGGAACGUCGGCUGGUCGGUACUCGGUUCUCACUACCUCUCCCUCCCUGUCCUAUUUGGGAAUCUUGGUUACGCUCGAUCGUCUGCCAAGAUUUUCGCUGGACGCGCCGGAGGGGAGCGAGGAUGGCCGGACUCUCUCAUACUAUAAAGUGCAAUUUUAUUUCCGGAGUAGCGCCGCGCUCGAGAAGUCGUGCUCGCGAGCGAAAAUGGCACUCUUCGUGCUUUCGGGACAGGACAAGGAGUCCUUCGCGUGUUUCCUGUAUCUGUAAAUAGACUUUUGUGCGCGAUCCGCACGCGUUAGGAGUAUAUCUCUGUUGGAAGACCGCGUGGCGGGGUACGGUAGACUCUCCACCGACGUUGCGCCUAUUACGCGUUAAUGUAAAUUUAAACGAGACGCAAGGGUGAAUGCGAUAGGAGGAAAAUGAAUGCGAGAGAGAAAGAGAGUCUACGAGCGCGUACCUGUAUCUCGUGUGAGUCUACGUUCUACCUGUGUACGUUAGGUCUUAAGGGAAAAGGACAGAGAACGAUAUUGCAAUAUAAGAGCACCUCCUAUUAUUUGCAGUCCCUGUACAUAUGUACCCUAGUGAUAUAUUAUAUAUUAUAUA